AUCAGCUAUCGAUAGUAGCGCAGUUAUCGCUUGUGCCGUCGCCUUCCUAUCGUUAUCGCCGCCGGCGUUUUGGAUUGUGGAAAUAAGAAUAAACAAAUCAUCAGUUAAAAGAUCGUGUGAAAAUGCAGUGGACGGUACUUUGUCUGCUGGCAGUGGCCGUGAUGUGCUCAUCAUCAGAGAUUCCGGCCUCCUCGGACACGGCUUUUCUGACGCCGGGCACGUCCAUAAAUGUCACGGAGAACGCCUACGGAUCGAAGACUCUGCGCACGUACUGCUAUCCGGGCAAGCGCUACUCCGUACUGAAUCUGUUCGAGACGGUGGAAUUCGUGCUGACGAUCGCCGGCGAGGACUAUGCCCAGUAUGGGGGCAGGACGCCGGAGGAGGUGCUGGAGCACUACAACGAGCAGCAAUCGCUCUUCAGCAUCACCCUGUUUUCCCAGAAGCGUCAGCGUCUCCAGCUUUCGCCAUUUGACCAGCAAUGCAUCGGGAUCUCUUCCCGACACGCGUACAUUGUCGUUCUGAACACCAUUCAGUUUGAUCUGUGGCGAUUUGUCCAGUUCUCACUGGGCCUCCUGACCUUCUGGAGCGCCCGGCGACUGGCGAAGAACAGUGUGUUCUACUAUCUGGCCGGGGUCCUCUUGGGCAUCUGCGCCUCCCUGCUGGUGGUCAUCUACCUGGCCGCCAAGCUCUUUCCGCGGCGACCCAUGAUGUACGGCGUCCUCAUCGGCGGCUGGACCAUUGGCUUCUAUGUCCUCAAGCAGCUGGCGGACAACUUGCGACUGAUCCUGCUCACCUACCGCGACCACGUCGUGUGGUAUAUGGUGGUCACCGGACUGAUCUCGUUCCUGAUUUGCUAUCGAAUUGGCCCGCCAAAGAAUCCGCGCUCCCAGAACAUCAUCAUGUGGGUGCUGCAGGCGAUGGGCGGUGUCCUGGUUUACUUUUGCAGCUGGCACACGAGCGCCUUGGUCUUUCUAAUGGUAGUGACGUUCGUGGCCCACUACUUCCCCAGGUCGUGGGUUCGUCAAGCCAAGAUCAUGUACCGGCGCCGCUUUCCGCCGAAGAGGCGGCUUCUAACUCAGGAGGAGUACUACCAGCAGUCGGUGGAGGAGACCUCGAAAUCCCUAGCAGAGCUAAGGAAAUUCGUCAACAGUCCGGAGUGCAAGCAAUGGAAAGUGAUCAGCAACCUGCGGAAUCCCAUGCGCUUUGCCACAUUCGCCAAUGGUGCACCGCAUCUGGAUGACGAGGAGAUCGAGGACUACUCGCGAGCCAUUGAGGAGUCCAUGGAGGCGGCGCCGCAGGAAGAUCCCGAGGAGUUUCUGCAGUGCAGCAUGUACUAUCGUCCGUCGGGAAGAUUCCGUUUAAGUAGUCCUUCGCGUCACCGGGUCAACAUACCACUGCCGAAUUCCCAGUAUCGCACUUGAAGGAUGUCGUAAAACAAGAAGAUCAAGGAUGAUUUCUCCGAAUAGAAUGCAGACGCCCAUCCGUUGAUGCAACCCACCAACCAAACCAAAAACUCAUUAGGCUAAGCUCAAACCAUCCCCGUGUGUAUAUUUCGCAAACGUUUCCGAACUUCCCACCUUCAUUUCAUUUUGUUCGUUUUGAAUUCAUUUAUUUUAUGUUCGUUUACUAAGUUAUAAUUCCUCUCCUUUAUUAAUUGAUUACAUUUUUGUACUGCUUUGUGACCUUUUUUCCAGACUGAAGUUAUAGUUUCACUCCAUUAUUUGAUUACAUAUUUUGUACUGAUUUGGGAACUUUUCUUGUGACUAUAAAUUCCCUUAUUAUUUAAUUACGUUUUUUGUACUUAUUUGUAAACUUUUCUUGUGACUGGUUAGGAAUAAAUCGAAAUUAUAAAUGUUA